UUCCUCCGAUGUUGUUACUUCCACAACACAUUCUACAACACCACUUCAGGACCUCCCUUUCACGUUGAGCACAUAGACUUACGCUUGUGUACGCACUUCAUCUACGCAUAUGCGCGCAUUGACAGCGCAGCCAACACAAUAAAAGCAGCGAAUCCACGACUGGAGGAGGGGCCUCUGGGGAUGUACAGGAAGUUUACAGACAUUAAGAACAGCGACCCUUCAGUCAAAGCCAUGUUGUCGCUAGGGGGACCCAGGGAAAGAAGUGAGGCAUUUGACAGCAUCACUGCAACCGAGCAAACGAUCAAGUCGUUUGCCCUAAAAGCGGUACACUUUCUGAGGGAUCGGGACUUUGAUGGCCUGGAUAUUGACUGGAUGUACCCGGACAAUGCAAGCAGGAAGGAAAGACUGAACAAGUUACUUAAAGCGUUAAGAAUCGCAUUCAACCACGACAAUCAAGCAUUUGUACUGCUGCUGACUUUAGCAGGGCCUGGAUUACGGACACAAGUGGAUGCAGGAUUUGAUGUACCAGAAAUUGCAAUAUACGUCGACUUUGUUCUAGUGAAGGCAUACAAGCUGGUGAUGCCAAACAGGCGGUACGCCACCUUUAGUAGUGCGCUGUUUAAUAACCCCAACUCCGCCCUUGACCCGACACUUAAUGUAAACUAUUCCGUCCACUACUGGAACGAUCUGGGACUGCCCUAUCGAAAACUGGUGGUCGGUCUGACGGGAGAAGGGCGCUAUCUGAAGCUCACCAACUGGGCAGAGAUCACGCCUGGGUCACCUGUCAAGCAGGAGAUAGAGCGUGGAGCUUAUUACAAUGUUACUUCCGGGAUGCUGUAUCCACAGAUUUGCGCGGAAGUCAAGAAAAACCCCAAAAAUCGACACUUUGAUCAGGCGCAGAUGAAUCCUUAUUUCGUGCAUGAAGACGCUUGGGUUGGUUAUGAAGACAAGGAAAGCCUGGGUACAAAGCUACAGUGGAUGAUCAAUCUAAGCGUUGCUGGAUUUAUGUUCGCUGGACUUCAAGAGGAUGAUUUCACGGGACAGCUGUGCGGAGACGGUAAGUACCCACUGCUGACCUCCAUUUAUCACCGAAUCAUGAGACUGUUGUCGGAGACAAGCGAUACCUCGGAGUCCCCAACUUUGGCAACAGAGCCCUACCGGCCGUCCAAGGGAGAGGAGAGUGGCACAGUACUGGCUUACUUGGCUUUUGUGUUCGUCCUUGCCGGCACUGUGACUGGCUAUGGGCUGUAUGUCUUUCUAUCAAAACACCCACUUAUGUCAUUCUCUGAAUGA